UAAGGAAUUUUUGAACACUACAAAAACAUUUAAAUACAAGCGCAUCGUUUGACAUUAUAUUGGUAUUUGUUUUUAGUAAUUUUUUGCAUUGUAUGUAAAUAUAUUUCGUUCAACUGAAUUGUAGUGACGAGCGAAUGACAUGUCUGACAAAGCAGAUCAGCAGAACGGUAAAGGAGCCACUGCAAGCAACAUCACCGAUCAAGAACGGGAUUGGGCCCAGCAAGCACUGGCUGAGUAUGAACAAAAGAAUUACAAGGCUUGUCUGCAGACUCUGGAGCGGAUAGAAGCUGUACGGCCCAACGAUCCCAAAGUCAUGCUCAACAAGGCGGUCGUAGAGUUUUAUAAAAAUGAUCUGUGCACGACGGACAAAUUUCGCAAGUCGUUUUCAGACGUUUGCUCACAAAUUGACGUUAACCUGGAACUCUUAGACUCGCUGGAAGAUGUUGAAAAUUGUAUUUACUAUUACAAUUACGCCGUCUUGUUAUGCCACUUGAAAUACUACACAAAGGCCCUGACUGUAAUCAAUAAAGUAUAUGCUUUCAUAGAGUCUCUAGAGGAAAGCCUAGCUCAUAAAGUGUGCCUGUUGGUGGUUCAACUUCAUUUGGAAACCCACAAACCUUCUGAAGCGCUCAAACUGAUAACAUACAUCGAAAGUCAGUUUGUAUCGACGGACAAUGCCACAAAUAUAUUGACCGGUACCGGAGACCAAGGUCCUAUUCAUCACACGGAACCUGAAAAACAGAAAGCGAAUUUAGAUGCGGCCACCGAUGCUUUCCGAAUAAGUCUGAUUCAAUACCGCGUAAGGUGUUUAAUGGAACUCAAUCAAUUUGACGAAUGUAGUCAACAAUUAGAUACUAUUAAAGAAAAACAGGAUUCGGUAACUUUGUUUCUGCUGGGUAAAUUAGAAUACCUUCGUGGUAAUCAUAAAGAAGCAUUGGAUAUAUUGAAAGAAGUUCCUCUUACAGACAAUUUUAAGGAAACAGGAGAAUGUCCACACGUCUUGAUAAAAAACAAUGUGGCAUGUUUGUAUCAUAACACUAAAAAACCUACAAUAGCUUAUAUGUCGAUGUUCAAAGCGAUUGAUAGUCAUCAAAAGAACAUAGAAAACGUAACCAAACCAAUACAAGGCGAAGGUGUUUUAUCGGGUCAACCACUUCAUGUGAUCGGCGCUAGUAUCAAAACUGAACUAAUGUUCAAUUUGGGCAUAAGUUUAUUACACGCUCAUAAGCCAGAGGAGGCGUUUGACUGUUUAAUAGAAGCAGUACAAACGUAUCACAUGAAUCCGAGAUUGUGGUUACGAUUAGCCGAAUGUUGCGUUAUGGCACACAAAAGCAGUAACGAUAGGGAUUUCGAUUUCAAGAAAUCUUAUAUUGAAGGCGUGGUGGGCUCUGGUAAACACCGAAAAAUAAUUUUGAAAUCCCAUUUGUUCCCAGAUACUAAAUACAGUUGUGAAGCGGUUUCUGCCGCUGUACCUAUGCCAAGUCUCGAAUUUGGUUCUUUGUGCAUUCGGAAUGCAGCUUGGUUGAUACAAGGAGAUACAGUUGAUUAUUCACCAUCGCACGCGCCAAUCGAUUCUGAAAAACAUUAUCUCAUUGGCUGUAUUCAGUCGUCUGGAGCAUAUAUAGCCCUGUGUCUUGGUGACCCUGUAGUGGCACUCCAGUUUUCACAAGAGUUAAUCAAGUCGGAUAAAAUAAAUAAAGUUCUCAAAUUCUUAGGUCACUUGUACGCAGCAGAAGCAUUAAUUUUAUUAGAUAAACCCAAUGAAGCUAUUGAUAUGCUUAAAGAGUCAAGUGCAUUAGACGACUUGGAACCUGAAUUACACGAACAACUCACUGCUGAAAAUUGGAAGCCGGACCAGCAAAAGUCUGCAAAAGCCGUUCUUUAUUAUAACUUGGCAGUGGCAUUGACACUUAGGGGAGACCUAGAUAAAGCCGGAGAGCUACUCAAACAAAUAUGGCUGUCAAAAAUUGAACAUGUUUCAGUCCCAGUGCAUGUAGUCAUAUUGGCUCUUUACAUUCACUUACGACUAGGUCAAAAAGAAAUUGCAAUAACAUUAAUUAAACAAAACUGUCCACAAGCAAAACGGUAGAUUUGAGGUGUGCAAAACAACAACAAUUAAUACUACGUAAUUUCAUGUAUUUUAUAAUUUUAUUUUCUAUUUAAGUAUAUAAUAAUAUAAUAUUAUGAUGAUGGUUGUCAAUAAAAUUCGAAAAAUAAAAUUUUUACAUUACUAAAAAA